AUGGCUGGUACAGAAACAACGAAAACCACCACCACCACCAACACCACCAAAUCAUCAUCACACCUAAACAAAUCAAUUUCAAGAAAAUUUGUGGGUGUAAGACAAAGACCAUCCGGAAGAUGGGUUGCUGAGAUCAAGGACUCAUCUCAACGUGUGAGAUUAUGGCUAGGAACAUAUGAUACUCCUGAAGAAGCUGCUCGUGCCUAUGAUGAAGCUGCUCGAGCCUUACGUGGGGAAAAUGCACGAACAAAUUUUGCUUCUACUCUCUCAAAUUCCAACUCAGAUCAUGAUCAAUCAAUAAAUAUGUUGCAAUCAAAUGAUAGCAAACAUGGUCUCAGUUUUUCUUCGUUAAAAGCUAAACUAAGCAAGAAUUUACACAGCAUCAUGGCUAGGAACUCAGAAAAUAAGUCAUCAUCCAAGAGUAGAGUAAGUGACCAUUUCACAUUUGCUAGAAUUUUCCACUUCAAGAACAAUUAUCACCAAUACCAAAGUCAUCAUAUGGACAUGAAAAAAAUAGAGAAAGUUGUGCAGCCAAGUAUUAGAGUACUUCCACAUGUAACUGAUAAUAACAAUAAUAAUGAUCUAUCAUCUUGGGAAAAUUCAAGUGUGUCUGAUUGUAGCAGUGAAUGGACUGCUUUUAGACAACUUGGGCUGGACUCAGAUAAUGGAUCAGUUGCAAGUGAAUAUUUUCUUGGAUCAGAUCCAAUGGCUGGGUGGGUUAGUAGUCCAGAUAUUAUGAGUGGUGGAAGCAGUAGCAGUAGCAGUAAUGAAGGAUCAAGAAGCAAGAGGUUUAAGGUUUCUUCUUCUGUAAUUGUUCCUCCUACUUUUAGUGAAUCUCCCUUACGUGGUGAUAGUUACUAG